AUGGCUGCUGUAAAAACGAUUGAGGAAAAUACUACAGCACAUAUAGAGGAGGAUGAAGAUGAUGAUGAUGCUAACGAAGAAAUUGAAGCAAAGGAUCCCGCUAAAAAAAAGAAAAAGAAAAAAAAGAAGAAGAAGACAGCGGGAAGCGAAGCUUCCAUAGAAAAUGGAUCUGAAACGCUCGAUAACGCGCAAAAUGAUUCGGUGGAAGAUGCUACAGAAGUCCAAGGGGAGGAAAAGAAAAAAAAGAAGAAAAAUAAAAAUAAGGCAGCCAAAUCCACUAAUAAAAAGCAGACCGACCCGCCAACUAUCCCGAUUGCGGAAUUAUUCCCCGACGGUAAUUUCCCUGAAGGACAAAUUAUGAGUCAUGGACGGGCUGAAGGUAUUGAUGAAAGAACAGCUAAAGAUCGCUUUACCAGUGAAGAGAAGAGAGCUCUAGAUAGAAUGCAUCAGGACAUCUAUCAAGAAAUAAGACAUGCUGCUGAAGCUCACAGACAGACAAGAAAAUAUAUUCGUGAAUGGAUUAAACCUGGCAUGACCAUGAUACAAAUUUGUGAGGAAUUAGAAGCAACUGCAAGACGCCUCAUUGGUGAAGAUGGGCUAAAGGCAGGUUUGGCUUUUCCCACUGGAUGCAGUCGUAACCAUUGUGCUGCACAUUACACACCAAAUACAGGUGAUAACACUGUUUUGGAGUAUGAUGAUGUAGUUAAGAUUGAUUUUGGAACACACAUUAAUGGACGGAUUAUUGAUUGUGCAUUUACACUGCAUUUCAACCCACGUUAUGACCCCCUUGUAAAAGGUGUGCAGGAGGCUACUGAAGCUGGCAUCAAAGCCAGUGGAGUUGAUGUCAGGCUGUGUGACGUAGGAGCUGCUGUUCAAGAGGUUAUGGAAUCCCAUGAAGUAGAAUUGGAUGGCCAAGUUUAUCAAGUAAAACCGAUUCGUAAUCUUAAUGGUCACUCUAUUGGACCUUACAGAAUUCACGCGGGGAAAACUGUUCCAAUUGUGAAGGGUGGUGAGACAACGCGCAUGGAAGAAAACGAAUUUUAUGCCAUUGAAACUUUUGGCUCCACUGGACGCGGACAGGUCCAUGAUGAUAUGGAUUGUUCCCACUACAUGAAAAAUUUUGAUCAAACAUUUGUACCGUUAAGGCUUCAAUCAUCCAAACAACUUUUGAAUUUGAUCAAUAAAAACUUUGGCACAUUAGCAUUUUGCAAGCGAUGGUUGGAACGCGCUGGCGCAAGUCGCUAUGCCAUGGCUCUUAAAGACUUGUGCGACAAAGGAGUGGUAGAAGCUUACCCACCGCUCUGCGAUAUAAAAGGAUGCUACACAGCUCAAUAUGAACAUACUAUACUCCUUAGACCAACAUGUAAAGAAGUUGUAUCACGUGGCGACGACUAU